AUGACAGUCAAAACACCCCUUUACCAGACAGAAGACACCUGUACUGCCUGUGUGGCACAUAACUGUGUGGGCUAUAACUGUGUGGGCUAUAACUGUGUGACACAUAACUGUGUGGGCUAUAACUAUGUGGGCUAUAACUAUGUGGGCUAUAACUGUGUGGGCUAUAACUGUGUGAGCUUUAACUGUGUGGCACAUAACUGUGUGGGCUAUAACUAUGUGGCACAUAACUGUGUGGGCUUUAACUGUGUGGGCUAUAACUGUGUGACACAUAACUGUGUGGGCUAUAACUAUGUGACACAUAACUGUGUGGGCUAUAACUGUGUGGGCUAUAACUGUGUGACACAUAACUGUGUGGGCUAUAACUAUGUGGCACAUAACUGUGUGGGCUUUAACUGUGUGGGCUAUAACUGUGUGGGCUUUAACUGUGUGGCACAUAACUGUGUGGGCUUUAACUGUGUGGGCUAUAACUGUGUGACACAUAACUGUGUGGGCUAUAACUGUGUGGGCUAUAACUGUGUGACACAUAACUGUGUGGGCUUUAACUGUGUGGCACAUAACUGUGUGGGCUUUAACUGUGUGGCACAUAACUGUGUGGCACAUAACUGUGUGACACAUAACUGUGUGGGCUUUAACUGUGUGGGCUAUAACUGUGUGGCACAUAACUGUGUGGGCUAUAACUGUGUGGCACAUAACUGUGUGGCACAUAACUGUGUGGGCUAUAGCUGUGUGGGCUAUAACUGUGUGGCACAUAACUGUGUGGGCUAUAACUAUGUGGGCUAUAACUGUGUGGCACAUAACUGUGUGGGCUAUAGCUGUGUGGGCUAUAACUGUGUGGCACAUAACUGUGUGGCACAUAACUGUGUGGGCUAUAGCUGUGUGGGCUUUAACUGUGUGGCACAUAACUGUGUGGGCUAUAACUGUGUGGCACAUAACUGUGUGGGCUUUAACUGUGUGGCACAUAACUGUGUGGGCUAUAACUGUGUGGCACAUAACUGUGUGGGCUAUAACUGUGUGGCACAUAACUGUGUGGGCUAUAGCUGUGUGGGCGUUAACUGUGUGGCACAUAACUGUGUGGGCUAUAACUGUGUGGCACAUAACUGUGUGGGCUUUAACUGUGUGGCACAUAACUGUGUGGGCUAUAACUGUGUGGCACAUAACUGUGUGGCACAUAACUGUGUGGGCUAUAACUGUGUGGGCUAUAACUGUGUGGGCUAUAACUGUGUGGCACAUAACUGUGUGGGCUUUAACUGUGUGGCACAUAACUGUGUGGGCUAUAACUGUGUGGCACAUAACUGUGUGGGCUAUAACUGUGCGGGCUAUAACUGUGCGGGCUAUAACUGUGUGGGCUUUAACUGUGUGGCACAUAACUGUGUGGCACAUAACUGUGUGGCACAUAACUGUGUGGGCUAUAACUGUGUGGCACAUAACUGUGUGGCACAUAACUGUGUGGGCUAUAACUGUGUGGGCUAUAACUGUGUGGGCUAUAACUGUGUGGCACAUAACUGUGUGGGCUUUAACUGUGUGGCACAUAACUGUGUGGCACAUAACUGUGUGGGCUAUAACUGUGUGGGCUAUAACUGUGUGACACAACUGUGUGGGCUAUAA